CGUUCAACCCAAUCGGCUGGGCAGAAUGGCUAGCAACCAGGACUCGGUUGCUGUUGAAUGCAUUUAUAAGGAGGCUACCAACACCACUUCUCAUUCUACAAACAUAGCUCGUCAUUGGUUUUGCAAGAGGCAUAUUGUUGGAGGUAAAUGAUGGCAAUUUUAACGUUUGUGAGCGCAGUUUUGCUUACAGUGGCAGGUGUUAGCCAAGCACAGAAUUCCUACUGUCGCAUAAGUAGUUGCCGUGUGCCUAGAGAAAACACUCUGUGCAAGUUUUCGAAUACUAGUUGGGGAGCUGCUUGCCAGCCGGCAUAUCCAAUUAAAUCCACCAUUAGUGCAGCUGAAAUCACCACAAUCUUGAACGCGCAUAACAAUUACAGACGCCAGGUAGCAAAGGGACUCGAGGCUCGUGGGAAUCCAGGUCCUCAACCACCAGCUUCCAAUAUGAGACAAUUGAAAUGGGACAACGAGCUCGCCGUUAUGGCCCAAACGCACGCCCAACAAUGUGUCUACAAGCAUGACGCUUGCAGAAAUGUUGUACGCUUCGUUGUUGGCCAAAAUCUUUACAUUUCUGGAUCUUCCAUUGAUAAUUUGGGAACGUCUGACUGGAACACGGCCGUCAAGGCGUGGUACGAUGAAGUGCUUUACAUGAAAAGCGCUUACGUUAAAAACUUCCCGUUGAGCCCUAAUCCACCGAUACCGAACCCUCCAGGUGCUAUUGGUCACUAUACGCAAGUUGUAUGGGCAAAUACCUACACCGUUGGGUGUGGAGUCGCCUACUACAAAUCCACGGCUCUUUUUGGGCCAAAGCUUCCCUACAAUAAAUUUUACGUCUGCAAUUAUGGGCCUUCGGGAAAUUUUAUCAAUGGGCCUGUCUAUGCCCAAGGAUCGGCUGGAUCUGCCUGCCCAGCAGGGACCAAAAACAAUGACGGAUUAUGCGCUUGAGCAGAAAAGAUCCGUUUCCUUACGGUCAUGUUAAUGUGGUACUAAUGAAUUUAUUUUAUUUGUAUCAAGACCGUCCACUGAAAUGUUCAUGUGAAAGGAAACAGUACACGAAU